UCACAGGAACAUGUGAAUCUCAACAAUGUCCUGGAAAUUCAACAUGUAAACAAUUGACGGCUGACACAAUAUCAUGUCCUUGUAAUGACGGAUAUUAUUAUGAUGGAGUGAGCUGUAAAGGUACAGUAUGUUGUUGUUAAAAUAGUAAUGGUUAUUUAGUACCUUGCAUCCUGCAAAUGCUGCAUGUGUAACCGUAUAGAUCAUACAUUUGCAAAAUAAAGAUGGAUUUUAUUGUGUAUACAUUGUAGCUAUAACCUGCAUAUGAUGUGUCGCCUGAUAAAAGGCUGGAAUAAGAUAUUUUAUUAAUCUGUAUUGGAUUACUUGUUUCUGUUUUUCUUGACAGGCAUUAUUUUGUACUCUGCACAUGAUGUUAAACACGGUCACUUGAUCAUCGUGACUGUUAAGUUUAUUUAAUUAGCCAAUUUUCCCUGUAAUUUUCAUUUCGUCCUUCAUAACAAAAACAUUGUUAUUUAUUCAGUCAUGAAAGAAGAGGAUGGACAUUAACUAUAUUUCUAACAAUAUUGUUUCAUAAAUUGCCAAUUGCCCUUUUUAUUUCAGAAUUUAUAGUGAUAAAAGUUGCAGUAACUUUGGAGGAAGAGUUUACUGAAGAGCUAAAGAACACUUCUUCGCCAGUUUAUCAAGAAUUGGAAAGAUAUAUCACUGUAGAGGUAAUUAUGGAUGGAAUAUUGUUAGAAAAUUGCCACUUAUUAAAAUUACAGUAGUUUCCGGAACUCCGCUAGAAUAAAACUCUUAAGUCUGUUAAUUGUAUGUAUAGUUAGAUGAAAACUUGUAUAUAUAUGUAAUUCAUUAUGUUUGCCUGCAUGAUAAUCUACAUUUCAGAUAUUCAUCUUCUGCGACUCAGCUUUAAGGAGUAGAUUUUUUAAAGAACGAGUCACAAACACUACUUGAUCACAUUUGUCACAAAAAGCAGUCACAGAACACGUUCAAAUGUGGAGUUUACUAGUAUAUUCGUUUGGUGAUCAACCUUUCAGGUUACAUAUAGGCUAUUUAAAUUUAUUUUCCUUCAUUGAAAGCAUUAUAUCUGUAACCCAAUGAAAAUUUUGCAUGUUAUUUGACAUAUGAAUUCUCUGGUUGUUAUGAAAAAUUUAUUUCACGAGUAAAAUUACUAUUUAUAAUACACAUGUGUAUCAUUUACUGUUCCAAUGCAACAAAUAAAUAGCAAUACAUUUUCAAGCGAAAUAGAAUAAAAUAUAUAUGAUUAAUUCAUUUAUUCCUAUUGGUACACUAUGUUGCUUUUUUAAGCUAUAUGAAACAUUUAAAGACACUCCAAACUUCCAAGAAGUAGUGGUCUUGGGAUUCAGGUAAUCUUAAAUAAACGAAGGUCUGUUAUAGACGGUGAACUUUUCAUGCGUCGAACCUAAUCAAAUUCAAUAGGGCAAAAGUUUGGCGACCAAUUUAGACGUCAUACUUAAUUUACCAUGCAAAAGAAAAAGACACUAUACCAUAAAUUCCAGUGAUAAAUUGCAAAUAAAUCAUAAUCAUAUGAUGUGCGUUAAAAUAAUUUAUACAUUAGGUUGAAGGAAUGAAAAUCACGGCGUCUAAACACAUCUAUUGUCGAAUCUGCGUUGAAUAUUACGCCAUGGCUUGCGGUAUUUUGUGCCAUGUAUAACGUAUAAUGAAAACCGAAUUAAAUGAUUUACAGCUAUUGCAAUUAAGGUUCUCUACGAGCAAAGCGGAAAAGUUGAAUACGAGCGCGAAAGGCUGCUGGGAAUCCGUUACAAAUUAAUAAAUUUUCAAAGAAAUUCCCAGCAACCUUUCGCGCUCGUAUUCGACUUUUCCGCUUUGCUUGUGGGCAAUCUUAAUUGAGGCCUAGUUUCAGAAUAUAACGGUCGGAGCCAAUCAAGCAGCGAUGUGUAGAAACAGCAGAGCAUGGAAGAAGAUGCAAUAACUGUAAAAUACAAAAUGAAGUCUUCAAUUCCUUUUUUUCAUGCAAGUUAGUACGAACUUUUAUGCACGUAUUAUAAGCAGGCGCUUAGCCAGGGGGAGUCUAAUCAUCGUAAAUCAUCUAGGUUAAAAAAAAUACAUUGAUACUUUAGAAUAUCCCUGAUGGAAACAAUAGACUGUGGUGUCGAAAUAUUACGUCACCAUUGACAAUGUUCAGGUUUCUGGGUGACGUAGUAGCUAGCAGAUUUCUGUUAUUAAAUCUUGUUGCGGUGAGGCCAUUAUCUUUAAACUGUUGCUUCUUAGCAUUCUUAAUAGCUUUUGUAACUGUCGCUCAUUUUUGUAGGAACGGGUCCGUUAUAGUGGAUUUUAAGGCUGUUUACCGAAAAGAUAAGAACAACAAAAUUGUGGUUGCAGAAAGUGUAAGAGAACAAAUUGUUAAAGCUGUAAAACUUGGAAAUUAUCAAGUGAAGAGUGCUGUCGUUCAAGGUAAAAUCGUUUAUCAUGUUCAUUUUCUUGCUUCAUAAAACAAGUUCGGUUACUACUAGAAGUUCCUAUCGCAAGGAAAAUGCUGCCUUGCCCCCAAAGGAUGGCACAAAGUGCAAUUUGCUUAAUAAGGGGCUGUUUAUACGAUCCUGUUUCGCCAGGAGAUGUGAGGCAGAAUGAUUUCAAUGUAUUGAAAUGAGUCACAGUGCACAAUUCAGCAAAAAGCAUUUUUCUAAACAUAGAUUAUAGUUAACUGUAAACGAAAGGUUGUUCAAGCAAUUAUAAUCUUCUUGAAUUACAAGAUCUUCUCUGCAAUAUUUGAGUCUUGUUAACAAGCAGUUGAACUUUUGCUUAGCCUAGUGACUUAUUCCAAUACAUCAAAAAUCAUCCCACCUUCCAUCAUGUAAACAGGAAAAGUCGAAAGGUCAGCUAAAUGUAUAUGAAUACAUUCAAUGCUUAUAACUUCUUGCUUUUGUAUGUAUAAUUAUAACACAGUCAGUGGCAGGGGUGGGUGGAAAAAGUAUUGGACCACGGGACGAUUGGUUCCAGAAAAUUUUUUGAGUUCCCAGAAAAUAUUUCCCCAAGAAAGAAAAAUAUAAUUGUAAAAAUUUAGAUAAAAGGAUAAAUUCAGAGGGAAAACUCUAACCAAUUGAAAGAAUCCUACCUGUACUGCAGGUAUGACCUCAGAAAUGCAAGUCCAUCUUAAUAGUAUGUUAGUCAAAUAGUGUAUAAAUGUAUACAUUAUAGAAUGAUGUAACAAAUGUUGUAUUGCAAAUGCAUUUUUAGCCAAUCUGAGACACCUGGUUUUCAAAAUUUUCUGGCGGAGCAUGCCCAAGAUCCCCCCCUUUUUUGCAUCUGUAAAUUUACCUCAGGAUCAGACCCCUGAUGUUAUCUGAAUUAGUUCUGUCAUAUUCCUAAAAGUAUUAUUAAGAUUCUCAAUGCACUGUAACUGAAUUUUUUUCUGCGAAAAUAUAGCAUGACAUUCAGUUUCACAACUUGUUAGUAUCAUAGUAAUUAUACAGUUACAGUGUCCAAGUAUUGAUUUAUUGAUUUAUCACAGAAAUUUUUUUAUUUCCCUUUGGCGGUCCCAGCAAGUAAAAUAUUUUUCCACCCCUGGUCAGUGGUACGGUAAAGCGGACAUAGCAACAGGUCAUGCUAUGCAAGCUUUUAAUUUGUAUUAUUCAAAUAGAUGCCGGUUUAUUGAUGUGGCAUAACCAGUUGCCUUGGUAGCUAGCUUGCCACUGAAAAAUCAUAUUAUAUAUAAAAUAUAAUACUUGAAUGAAUCAUUGGACAUGUAGAAUCUAAUAAUAAUUCCAUAUAUAGAAUAUUUAAUGCAAUAAUGGCACCUUUAAGGCGAGUAAAUCCAUUUACCGAGUCAAAUCCGAGUCCGAGUCAGUCUCGAGUCCGAGUCAAAUGCCCAAGUCGCGUAAAGAAAGACGCCGAAAGUGAAUGAAAUUCACAGUCGAAUAGGGUUAGGAGUAGGUUUAGGGUUAGGGUACUUCGUCAUUUUACCGGCAAAACACAGUUAAACAGUGACUCGGAGAUUUGACUCGAACUCGGAUUUGAGUCGGCCAGUAACCGACAAAAUCCAAAAUUGAAUAAAAUUCACAGUUAAAUAGGGUUAUGGUUAGUUAGGAGUGGGAUUGUGGUUAGGAUUAGGGUACUAAGUCAUUGAACUGCAAAGACCAUCGAUUUAUAAACAAUGACUCGGACAUUUGACUCGGGCUCGGAUUUGACUCGGUUAACCAACAAACUCCCUACCCCUAUUGCAAAACAACUGAACAAUCUUCUGAUGGAAAAAGUUUCAGCCCGGACUGAAAUUUAAGCCUGAUUUGAGCUGCCUAGGCUGAGAUUUCAGCCCGGCUGAACCUCAGCUCGGAACCAUGUAAUCGCAAAUAAUUUCAGCCCAGGCUAAGAAACAACCAUUUAAAUGGCUUUAUUUUGCGUGUUUGUUUCAUCUUUAAAUACUUUACAUAUAACCACAGUCUCACACAAGUCAAUAAGUCGACUAAUCAGCGUCUGAUUGUUUCAAAGAAGCGUGACAGGCUUAUUGUCCUUAUAGGAUCGAGACGGUAAUUUAUGAUAAUUUAUGUAAGUGCCCGGAUGAGUUAGGGGCAGUUGUUUAUUCCAUGUGCUUGGUCAUAUACAAUAUAUAGUUUGUAGUUUUUUGUACGUGGAAGUGGCCUAAAUACGAGGUAAACAUUUGAUUUAUGACUUUUUUUGCUUGGGAUAAGUAUAGAUUGUGAUGAACCUUUAUUGUUUAUUUAGAACCAUCAUCAUCGUUUAAGCAAGUUUAUACAUGCCCAUAGCAUUAUAAACUUAAGUUAAUGAAACAAGCAUUAGGACAAGUCUAGAGUAAAGUUGUGCAAAGUCUCCCGGAGUACAAAGGUCUGGUACAAAGGUCAAUCUGUGAAUCGUGUGAUCAUACACGUGCAAAGCGCAAGGCUGAAUUAACAACAAACCAUUGUCAAAUCUCUUCCCAUGCGGGGAUCUACUACCCCUUGGGUAAAGUCCAACAUGGGGGAACCACAACCCCCUGAGGACAUAUAAUUAUAUCAUAAUCAUAUUGCUGUAAUAGUGAGUCUGUGGGGCGACACUUUGGCCACAGUUUAAAGUAUAAUCGGAGCAUUUCUCCUCGACGACCCUUCUCCCACAACAUUGUGUGUCAUAGUUGUUUCUUAAUUGUCCUAGAAUAUUUGCUUAAUGAAUUGGUGCAUUAAUCGAUUUAUAUCAUUCGUACAUUGACAUUGUAGUAAUAAAUAUAUUUGAUCGAUUGUGUGUUGGUUGUUUUUUUGCGUCUUUGAUGUGUCUCUCGUUGGUCACAUAAGCUGGGAAUCGUUUAUAGCUUAUAGUCCUAUUUCGUGACACUCACGCCCCGUUUACGUGAGACCGGGACGAAGUCAAACCGGAAUGAAAAUUGAAAUUGUCAACAUGUUUAGAUGAGAUCGGUACGAAAAUAAAUAUAGGCAAUUUUCUUUUUUAUAUGGCUUUUUUUAGUAUGUGUUGUUCCAAUGUCAAGGUUACAGCCGAAACCGGUCUUAUAUGUAUUUGUGUUUACAUUCAUCCCGGUCUGAAGUCAAUCGGUUUGGUCUAGCAAGCGGAAUGACUUGAGAUCGGUCGGAGUUAUUUUCGUCCCGAAACGAAAUAGUCCCGGUUUGACUUCGUUCCGACCUCAUGUAUUGACUAUAAAUAUAACUCUGACUAAACUCAGCCCAGGCUCAAACUGCUCAUGUAAUUGUGAUGCAAUUUCAGUUCGUUUAAACGGGUUGAAAACUCUCCAUGUAAUCAGACCCUAAGAUUGUACUCAGUCAGAACUGCAAAACUAUUUAAUACAGUUGUGAGCAUUAUCAAAAAAUCAUAGUAUACUCUGAGUACGGUAGUGACAGCCAGGUGAACAUAUAAAUGUAGGCUGGUAGGAUCAUUUCAUAUUAUGCUAUUGAACAAUGGACAUAUCUCAGAGAUAUAUUUUUACAGACCGUCAUAGUGGUCAUACCUUUUACAAAAGUCGGUUGACAUGUUAUUACAUGCAACUGCUGGUAAGUUAAUAUGUGUAGACAACAAUCCACACUGGGUUGCUAUUUAGGAAUAUCUUUGUACAAUUCAGAUAAUUUUACGACACUGUUCAAUUGAUAUUGCCAAAAUAACAAAAGCAAUAAUAAACUAUCACUGUGUCUCAGUGUCUGUGAUUAUUUAUCCGUUUGAAGUACGAUGUUCCAUUAAGCCUACGAUCAAGCAUCUAUGGAUCAAGCUCGAUCAGAAUUUUACAUUUGUUGCUUAGUAAUAAGCUUUUCAGGCUAUCAGCUUGAGCACAAUUGAAACAACAUAUUGUUAUUGAUGUCGACGUAUAAAUAAAAGUUAAUUUGCUCAAAACUUGAAGCAUAUGAGAUGUAGACUGAUCAGAUUUCUGAUCAGGAGGAUAUACACCGUGAGGUACACGAGGAUUCAAUAAAUUUGGAAUCAUAUACUCAAUCAAAUUCUUAUUGUUUCAUUUCUGUUCGCUCGCGCAUUCAUACAGUUUUUCUCUAAUAUAAGUUUACGCGUCCCGUUUGAGCUCUAACGACUAAAAGCGUACAAAUUUGGGACAGUUUUUAAAAAAUGUUUCUUAUGAUAACGUCAAUUGUGGGUAAACACUGAAUACAAUGUGACACGAAACAAUUUUUAGCGAGAAUUCGUAACGCAAUUGAUGUUACAUUAAAUUUGAUUACAUUAUCUGAUGCUGUUUGGAAGAAACGUAAAGAGCAAACGUUAUUCUUUCAUUCAUUUCAGAGUACGUAUACAAUUGGCAGUAAAUAUGUAGGUCAUAAUUUCUUUAACUAGCCAUUACAACUAUUUUAUUAGCCAUUAAAAUGUUCACUGCCUUCAAAUAAUGAUGCAUGUAAAUUAAGAAGUUUUUAUGUCUGAACUGUUUUAGGACGUCCUCCGCCACCUGCUGGACUUAAAGAGACCGGUAAAACAGAUAACAGUAUUGACAUCAGUUGGGUGAAACCAAAAGGCCACAGCGCAUUCGACAUUGAUGGAUACAUGGUUGGUCACAAGACCUACGCCGAGACACAAUACAAGAACCAGAAUAUUUCAGCGACAUCGGGGAUGUCAAGUGCAGUAUUAACUGGCCUUGAGAGCGACACGAUUUACGAGAUUACGGUUCAUGCUUAUAAUAAUGAUGGUCAUAGUGAUAAACUUAAAAUACAAGUCACAACGGAAAAACCUGAUGAUUCAAGUAAGUGUCCGGAAUGUUUAAAAACCUUUAAGAAAAUUAUGUUUGUCUGGUUAAUUGUAUGCAUGUACAGUAUCACACAAGCCGAAGACAUACAUCUCACUGUACACAAAGACGAAAGUGUCAUUGCUUUUCUUGCAAAAAAUUUAAAUUAAAAACUUUCAGCAAGAAAUUAAUAAAGGUUCAGAAUAUGAUAAAUUUAGUAGGCACACAUGAGAAAAAAACUCAUUUUAAAAUUACUGUGUCAGUGUCAGCGAUACGGGUAAUUGUUUUGUCAACAAAGACAAAUCUCGUGAAAUAUAUAUUUAAACUAGUAACAAAAUAAAGUAAAAGAUAAGUAACUGUUGUAACUCCAGAAGUAAAAAAUAAGUAACUGUUGAAAAACAGUUCUCGUACUAGGUAAUAAACAUCAUAUGUUCCCCAUUUUGCUUCUUACUAAAAGCAGCAAUACGCUUUGGCUAAUUAGGAGACCAGAAGUGAAUUGGGACAAGACUAAAAAUGCAUGUCCAAGAAUCAUCAUGGCUAACCUUAUUUGACUCGAAACAAGAUGAUAUAACUGACAUACAGUAGCUAAUUUCGUCUUUUGAUCAUAUAAACGCGUCGCCAUAUUGCUUAAAUGAUUUAGCUGUUUCAAAAUGCCUUUUUUCUUACCAGCUUCCAAAAUUUAGUGACAAUUCGUAUUUUCGCUUUUAUGCAGGCUAAAAAACUUUGUUUUUUUUCUCAGCCAAUGAGUUGGUAUGACCAUUUCACAGUUGGCUGUUUGCGAAUCAGAAACUGUAAAUCUUUUUAUUAAAUUAAAUAAUAUUUUAGAUCAAUUUUUAACUUUAGUUUUGAAAUUAUUUUCACAGCUACGGUGGUUAUUAUUGUUGUUGUCAUCGUGAUCGUGUUACUUCUUAUCAUUGCCAUGGUAGUUUUCUUUCAACUCAGGAAACGAAGAUAUCGGUAUGAGGUAUGUCGGAAUUCUAAUAUUCACAUAGGUAAACAAUGAAGGCUUGAAUGAGAAAUGGGCAAUGAGGCACUUUUUAGCGUCCUUCCACGUGUGUGUUACAAUAGAGGGAUUAAUGUUAGCUUACUAUGAGCCCCUCACAUGGCAAAAUUGUUAUCGAAAUUAAUAUAAAUUUCCACAGGUAUAUUGAAGGAUUUUUCGUAUGUUACAUACCAAGGAAUUUUUUCGUCACAGAAGAUCGAGACAUAUUUUAAACUAAACAGUUGCUAAUUCCGGGUUAACAUUCAAUUCAAUUCAAUUCAAAAGUCUUUUUAUUAGAUCAAAAGAUAAAAAUACAUAUCUUAUGUUACAAGUAAAUAUUAAGAAUACAUUAGUAAAGUCUACAUCAUGUGAAUAGGUUAUAGUUAAAAAUUAAUCUAUUUGCAAACGACAAUUUAAAACGUUUCGUGUUCACUCUUGGAUACUGACUAAACUCUGUCCUCAAAGAGUAGCUUGUGGAUUUUUUUCUUGGUAUCAAGUCGACUAUGGCACUCUUCUGAUUUACAGAAGCUUUAAAAAUAUUUCUGUCCUGUAUUUCUAAAAGAUAUCUAAUAUUUACAGGUUCUGAUAUAUACUUUCGCUUAAAACAUCUGUCAAAAAACCGUUGUAGAGUACUGAGUUCGGCUGGAGAAGAACCGUAGACGGACAGGCCAAACGUUAUAGUAGAUAUUACUAGGGUCUUAAAUAGAUAAUCUAUCUCACAUUGGCUAUAGCCUUCUGUCCUGAGUGUUCGUAUAACGUACAAGCAUUUGUUUGCUUUGACCAAUUUACCUCGCACAUGACUGGUGAACUUGAGAUUGUCUUGAAAAAUUGUACCUAAAAUGGGAAGUUCUCUGCAUUGGGGUAUAUUAUAAACAUUGUCGAGUUGAUCAUUAUAUCCCUUCUUCCGGAUGAUAAGUUCUUUACAUUUACCAGGGUUACAAGUUAUAAAAUUAUCAUCAGACCAGCUCAGGAAUUGUCCAACUGUAUCUGUUGAUGUAUCAGUACCGUCACUCCAAACUGGCACUAUUAUAUUUGAAUCGUCCGCAUAUUUAAAAAGAGCGUUCUCGCGCCGUCUAUGUCCACCUCUAAAUCAUUUAGGAAAAUUUUAAAAAAGUAGGGGCCACUUACGCUACCCUGUGUUGUACCCUUAUUAACAUCCAUCCAUUCUCCACAAAAAUCGUUACAAACGACUCUUUGCUUUCUAUUCUUUAGAAAAUUUAAAUACCAAUUUAUGAUAUACGGGUUGAGUGGCACAUUUUUUAACUUUUCCGAGAGGAGUGAAUAUUUAACGGAGUCGAAAGCCUUGCUAAAAUCCAUAGAGAACAGUCUAACUGCUUUGCAGUCCGCUCUAUCUAAGAAGCUGAGUACGUUGUUCUGAAUAGUCAACAGAGCGUUUGUACAACUUCCCCCCUGUCUGUACGCAAAUUGCGUUGGGGAUAAAAUUUCCUCAACUAUCGACUUGACCUGACUAUUAUAAACGAGCUUUUCAAAGGUCCUCGCAAUUACAGUGUAAUAUUUAUUCCACGAAAGUCACCAUCUUCCUUUGGUAAAUCAACCUUUGCAAGAGGGUUAAUAUUCGCUCUUUUCCAUGAAUCUGGCCAAGUAUGAGAUGAAAGGGGCGAAUUCCAGACGUUAGUUAUAACUUUGGUUAGAAUUUCCGCAUGAUCAUUUCAAACCCAAUAGGGAAUAUAAUCGGGACCUGUUGCUGUCCUCUUUAUUCUUUUCAAGGCAUUCCAUACCUGCUGUUCCGUGAAGCUAGGAAUAUCUACUUCAUCACCAAUAAUUGAGAGCGUCGGUUCGACAUAACUUUCAUCGUGGCAGAGUUCGCCAAAGUAUCGAUUUAAUCUUGUAAGUGAUGCAUUAUCUAAAGUAACUCUUGAUGACGAUGCAUUUCGCUAAGAAAUAUCAUUCGUCUUUCUCCACCAAGUUCUACUUCCCACCAAGGCCCUAAAAUUUCUUCUGUUUAGACAAAUGACAUCAGAAAUCAUUUUGCUAAUUAAACUGAGUCUAUCCUUUUGCGACCGAGCAAUUCUGAAUUUAGCUUUUAGCAAAGAUUUAAUUAAAGGACUCAUCCAGUAAGGGUCACGUGACGAAAUUGAGACUGUUUUUGUGGGCAUACAUUUAUUCAUAUGAUCCAUGAUCUUACGUUCAAGACAAUUCACAGCGUCAUUUACAUUCGUGGACUGCGAUACAUCCUCCCAAUCUUCUUCUGCUAAAGCUUUGUGGAAAUCUUUCUUUUGAUGCUUUCUACAAUCCCGAAAUUCAACCUUUCGGCGCAUAGGUUUUAGUUUCGUUCCUGCUGGUAAAAUAACCCCUAUGUGGUCUGUUUUAGUUAACAUAUUCUAUUUGUAAGGCAGUUAUCCAAACAUACGUUACCCCUUGUUGAAAAGUCGACCAUUGCAUCCCAUCCUGAUAGAUCGUCGUGGUGUUUUAUGUCCAAACUGUUCAAAUCCCCUCCACAAACAAUUACAGUGUCUGGAUAUUUGUCCAGAACGUCGUCAGAAAUAUUUAUCAAAUAAUCCAAUAAGUCGAUUAAUUUAUCAAAUAAUCCUAUUUGCUGUUAGAGUAAUAUAAUGAAAGGGCAGUAGGCAAGUAGGGUACAUUUAAGUUUUGUACUGUAAUGCUCCUCAAAAUGUAAGACAGUAAAGUUGGAUGAAUAUAAAAUAUCACAUUUAUUACCAUUUAGACUGCAAAUGGUAAUGUAAAUUAGCUGUGCCGAGCUCUGUACUUAUUACAUUACUUUGUCCAGUACAAGGUGACUUUAGAGUGUUCGUUUUUUAUAUAAACGAUACUAAAAUGUUCUUCAACAAUGAGUUCGUCAUCUAGCAUGUAGUGUCAGUAUAUAUUUUCUUUUCCUUAUGCAAGUCAAAGGCUACAAGAAAUAUACAACCUGGCAAACAUCUGCUCAAGGUUCAUCUUUAUCAGCCCAUGAAAAGACCAUUUCUUGCUGAUGAUUCCUUUCCGAUAAUGAAUCUUGAAUGAAGAUUAUCUAGCGUCACCAAUGAAUGGUUUGUUACAUAUAGCCCUCGUCAACAUAAUCCUAAGGAGGAAUUGAUAUUAUUAAUGAAUGGUGAUUAUGGGAAGCACUACAUAUUUUCAUAAAGCACACAAUGGUAAUUCUACUUUUCAAUUAUAUUUUAGUCAUCCUCAGCAAUGGAUCAAAUUAGACACAUUGAUAACAGUACCCUAGUAGUUGCAGUUAGCAUUUUCAUAAUGAUGCUAUGCCUAUUGAUAGAACACCGAUAAUUCUCACAAUGCUUUCAUUAAAAUUAAAAUGCCCGUUCUCUCAUUUCAACAAAUCUGGGAUCUGACCAACUGGGCUAAUAGUUUGUGCUUCCUUACAUGAACAAAAUGUAAUUUUCUAUGCUAAUAUUAUUAUGGCUCAUUUGAACAGGCCAUACAAAUCAGGUUAAAAUGACCAAGGUACAUAUUUAAUUUGAAGCUACAUGUAGGGAUCGCCCCUUAGUGCCCUCACCCCACUCCUCCAUUGGCAAACUUCUUCACAUUCAUAAUUCAAUGUUAUUAAGUUCAAUCACCUCAAGUGAGAUGCCCAAGAAAUAUUGUUAUAAAUAUUACACUAUCAAAAAGCUGUCAAGCGAAGAAAAAUGUUGUCUUUGUAAGAAAUAAAUCAGUUGCAGAGAGGCCAACAUCCUGUGGAAUUAUUACUGUAUUAACUCAAGACAAAAUUUUUCUCAUAUAUUUUAUACACGAGUUGUAAACCAACAAAAUAAAAGUCCGUUACAAUAUGGUCCUGAGAUAAUGAGAUUGUACUCUCUCUUCUGGGGAAAUAAAUAGCAAUUGUGUAGUACAUACCUUGCUUGAUUUAAUCAUUAAGUAUUCCUGCGUUGAGAAGUAAUAAAUAUUCAAAUAUUCCGGCGAUAAAGAAGCAAACGAUUUGAAUAUUCGCAAAUAUGAAAUAUGACGAACAGGCAAGAGUCGCGGUGCGCAAAGCAUGUUGGUACUAUUUUUACUGAACUCGAAGCGAGCUGUUUCGAUUAUGUCCUUUUAUGGACAUCGUCGUGUUUAGUUUCAUAAACCGUUGGUUAAUUUCAGAUAAGUGGUUCUUUGGCGCACAAUAUCUAUAAAUUUUGAAUUCGAAUGGCAUUCAACAGCGUAUAUGAAUAUCAGCGUUUAUAUAAUAGCUAUACCAUAAGUCUUUAAAUUAUAAUGUUGUUCUGCAAAACGCCAUUUGUCUGAGGACGAUCGAAGACACCUUGCCGGCUGAUGGUGACAUAAAAGAUCUUGCAAAUAUGUCGGAGCCAUGUUAUUCAUUAUUUUAAAGCACAUCAAAUUGAUCUUAAAAAUGAUUCUUUGCUUUUACUGGCAACCAGUGAAGCAUCCUGAGAGUUGGAGUUAUAUGAUCGUAUUUACGCAAACAAGCUAUAACUCGAGCUGCUGCAUUCUGAACAUUUUGCAGCUUAUUAAUUUCAUAUUUGGGGAGACCAUAGAACAACGAGUUACAAAAGUCAAGCUUUGAGCUGACGAAGGAGUGAAUAAGAACUUCAGCAAUGUGACCACUAAUGUACUUUCUAAUCUUAGCAAUAUUUCUAAGAUGAUAAAAUGCUCAUAAAAUUUGACACUAACAUUGUUAAGGUAGUGUCAAAUGUUACCAUAUAUUGCGUGCUUUGCCUUUGGGUUGAAUAAUUUCAUUUCCAACAGUGAUAGACGGCAACAAAGACAACAUUGGUCUAAAUUUGGAAUUAAAAAGUAGAAAGUCCGUUUUAUCUGCAUUUAAUUUCUGUUUGUUACAAGUCAUCCAGUUGUUGAUGUCAGCUAGUCAGGAUUCUAAUCGAGAAAUGACAGAAUACAGGGGCGGAUCCAGCCAAAAAUCUGACCGUAGCAUUUUCCAAGACCUCGCAUACCUAGGGGGGUCCGGGGGCAUGCCCCCCUGGAAAAUUUUUGAAAUUUGAAGCCCGGAAAUGCCAUUUCCUGCGUUCUGAGCACUGCAUGUGACCAUUAAAUUUGUCCUCAUUGUAUUCAUUUCUCAAGCAAAAAUACGCCAAAAUGAUCUCAAAAUGUAAACUAUUGCUCGCGUAUAUUUUAACAUACGAUAUCGGUAUGAUACUCGUAUCAUACGCAUAUCAUUAUCAAUUGAAUACCGAAAUGCGCGUAUCAUCUACGAACGCGUGUAUCAUAAGAAUACGCAUAUCAUAUAUGAACGCGCGUAUGAUAUGAAUACGCGUAUCUUAACUAUCUUAUGAAUAUAUACGCAUUACAAACAAAUAUUAGCGCGCUAUAAAACACGAUAUAUAUACGCGCGUAUCAUAAUUCGCGUAUUAAUUCCAAUACAUGCAGGUCGUAUUACUGUACAUACGCGCACAAACACUUUAAUAAAGCGAAGUUAAUAGCGAACACUAUACAGUAAAACUCAAAUUAAAAUAUAAUGUGCAUCUCUUAUCAUUCAUAAGGCUUACCUGACUGGAAAUGAUUCGUUUUACUAUCUGAUUUUAUUUCUAUCUCGACGCAUAUAAAUCCUUUAGCUUUACGACGGCUUUCAUUUCGAAAUGCGCACAACCGUACUGUGGGUUCCCAAUAGCAUGUUGUUGAUGAGCCAAACACAAAUAUCAGAUAUUCCAUCGUUCUGGAGCAGUAGCCAAUUUCAUGCCACCGUAGCAAACUAUAGCAUUUGCCCCAUUCCGAUUGGUUUGCUACGUUUGACCGUAGCAAACCAAUCAGAAUGCCGUAUAUGCCAAUUUUCGCUACGGUCAGAUUCGACCUUAAUGAAUCUGACCGUAGCGAAAAUUGAUCAUAUAUGGGCAACACGCUACGGUGUAUUUCUGAAGGAUGAUAUUUUCUAAGCUAUAGUCCAUUGCGUAAUGACCCGCAAACGGGCAAUUACAACCGUAUUUUCGGGCGGGAAUUCUUAAAACAAUUAACGUUACGUAUUAUAAAUGUCAUCAAUUUGUCAAAAUAAAAUGUUUUAGAACAUAUAAAACUAAAUAAAAUAAAACCUUGAAAUAUAAACAAGGAAAGUAAACAAAAUAUUGCUAAAUUAUAUUUUAGAUUGAUUUUAUGAUCCAUGUUAGAACUGGCCUAUGGAAAAUCUGACCGUAGCAUAUGCUACAGUUGCAACGGUCUAAAUCCGCCCCUGGAAUAAAGUUCCACAUCAUCAUUACACGCAAACGUAGUGUAGAGUUGGUCAUCAUCCGCAUUUAAGUGAAACAACAUAUCAUGCUUCCGGAUUAAAUCUCCUAAUGGCGAAGUAUAUAAUAAAGACAACAAGGUUCCCAGAACUGACCCCUGUGGUACUCCACAAGUAAGGGGACAGACUGACGAAUCAGUUCCAUUAAUCCGAACCGAUUGAGUACGACCUGUGAGAUAUGAGCGAAACCAUUUAUAUGCUUAACCUUUUAUGCCAAAUUUAUAUUGCAGUCCAUGCAACAAGAUUUUGUGGUCUACAGUGUCGAAAGCUGCUGAUAGAUCUAGCAGUACAAGAGCAACAAAUUGCUUGUUAUCAAUAGCUGUUAACAUAUGAUUUUGAACACGCGUAAGUGCAGUUUCACAGCUGUAAUGCUUCUUGUAUGCUGACUGAAAAAUCUCAUUCAAAUCAUUUUCACACAAGUAGUCCCAUAAACGUGCUGUUGCAACCUUCUCCAUAACCUUAGACAAAAAUUUCAAAUUUGAAACCGGCCUAAAGUUAGCAAAUAUUUCAAAAUCCAAAGACACUUUCUUCAGUGAGGAACACAACACCGCCUUCUUCAUGGAGCUAGGUACUACAGUUGACUCAAAUGACAUGUCCACUACACUUCAAAUAAUAGGCAGUAAGUUACUAAUACAAUAUCCAAGAAGUGAUGCUUGUAUAGGAUCUAAACAACACGAUUUGGAGGCAAUCUUCUUUACUAAACCAGAAAGUUCCUCUUCUGAAGUUGGAGAAAGUUCAGUCAGCUCACAAUUAAUAGUGGCAUUAUCAAAUUAAUUGAUCAAAUUUGUUGCACAGUUCAGCAGUAGAACCACAUGUGGGGUAAUGUUUCUCAGGUGUACGGUGUAACAUGCGGUCUAUUGUACUAAAUAAGAUCUUAUGAUUUGAUUUGUUUUCAACAAUAAUGGCAGAAUAGUAAUUCAUCUUUGAUGAUUUGAUAAGUUCCCUAACCCGUCUGCACUGAUCCGCGUGCUGUUGUUCAUCAACUUCCAAACCAGAAUUACGCCAACGUCUUUCAAGCCAACGGCGUUUGCAUUUUUCUAUGGAGAUUUCUUCUGAAUACCAGGGUGCAGCCGGUCGUGAGGUUAUCAAAAAAGUCUUUAACGGAGCAUGGGUGUUAACAAUCCUGCGCAGUUCACUGUCAUACUGAUCACAUAGCUCAUCAACGUUGCACGCUGAUGAGGAAAAAAGGGCGGAUGUAAUAACAUCAUUUCGAAAAGCAGCAGCAUCAACACUCCGAAGUUUGCGAAAUUGUUUUUUUAAACCUUGAUAGACGAGGCCUAGCAAGGGACAGUUUCGUGUGAAUAGCCAUAUGGUCUGACAAAUGAGGGUUGAAGGUUGACCAGGUGUGCAUGAUGUUUUCACAUUCUCUAGUGAUUACAAAAUCAAGAGUGUGAUUAUCUUUAUGAGUAGGUCCUGACACAUGUUGUAUUAGAUUGUGAGAAUCCAAUAAAUCCAGAAAUGUAGCGGCUUGUCCAUCAGUAUCGUCAUCAAUGUGGAAGUUAAAGUCUCCCAAUAAUAUAAGGUUUCCACUGGAUAUGGCCAAUCGCUCAAGUAGAUCAGAAAUUCUUUGAGAAACAUAGCAGCUGAAAGUCCGUUUUUCGUAGAUGGAGGAGGUCGAUAUAAUAUUCCAAUUCUUAAAAUGGUUGCAGGUAGUCUGAACAAGAUUUCCAUAUACUCAAAUGACGAAUAACUAGCAACGUUUUGCAUUUCCAUCUUGUUCUACCACCCAAUCUUUUAGGUACAUAGCUUUGUUAUUUAGAGACCGAGUAUUGAGUAGGGCGAGAUGCAGAAGAUUACAAUCCGUAGUUUCAUUGCCAUCACAACUAGAUUUAAUGUGUAUAAGAUUAUUGAAAUUAGCACUUAAAUUAAGACGAAUUUUACUUGGCCUUCGUGUGUUGAAUAUUGAUGGAAUUCGAUAUAUUCCAGAGCUUAGCGAUGUCUCCUCACGUAAUCGACUGGUGUAUGAACUUCUCUGAACAUAUGAUAUACCAUAAUUUAACAACUGAGGGAAUCUGUAGUUCGAUUCAUACGCCAGAAACUGUCUCUUCAAGCUGUUAAUUACUCCUCCAUUGUUAACGGGUCUAUUCAAAUGCAUGUGAGUCAUAUUAAGUCGGGUAGUUAAAGCUUCCAUUUCAGGACCAGGAUUCUUUUGAACAUCCAAAUAAACAGUAACAUCGAUGACAAACAACUUAUCAGGAAGAGCCAGGGUAGUUAAGCCGCGUUUACUUGCUUUUUGAACAGGAUGAAUGAUAUUAAACUUCGACUGAAUCCUAGUACGCUUUGUUGUUGUAAUUACAAUCGGGCGAUACCAAAUAAAUCGAGACCAAAACCAGAAUCUUCAGUAAAUAACAGCCUAUUACACAGUUGUAUUCCUGCAUGCAACAUCACUAACGGCAGCAGCUUGUCUAAAAUUGAGUAGCAACACUCCUCCAAUAAGCAAGAAAAUACGAAAUAAGACAGGAGCUAUUUUAUAACGUGUCGCUAUUUCCAUCGUCACAUGUGAAAGGAGGCUGCAUAACACUGGACCCAUUGACGAAAACACUGGAUUGGGGUGGAAUGCCAGAACCGUGAGCUGUAUUUUGGUGACAUGAACGGUUACUUGAAGCUGAGAAUGAUUUGUUACAAAAAUAAGACAUGUUCGCUGCUCUGUGACAAAACGCCGAAUGAAAUUAUUUUUAAGAUGAUCGUCUAUUUAUACUUAGGAUUCGAUGAUUCAAUCUAGGAUUCAAUGAUUCAAUCAUGAUUCAAUUUAUGAUUCAAUGAUUCAAUUAAAUUAAUGAUUCAAUGAUUCGAUCAAUGAUUCAAUCUAGGAUUCAAUUAUUCAAUCUAAGGAUUCAAUGAUUCACUUAUUCAAUCUUAGGACUCAAUCUUAGGAUUCAAUUAUUUAAUCUAUGAUUCAAUGAUUCAAUCUUGUGAUUCAAUGAUUAAAUCAUUAUUCAAUCUAGGAUUCAAUCUUAGGAUUCAAUCUUAGGGUUCAAUGAUUCAAUCUUAGGAUUCAAUAAUUCAAUCUUAUGAUUCAAUGAUUUAAUUAUGAUUCAAUCUAGGAUCCAAUGAUUCAAUCUUAGGAUUCAAUGAUUCAAUCUUAGGAUUCAAUAAUUCAAUCAUGAUUCAAUGAUUCACUCUAUGAUUCAAUGAUCCAUUCAAUGAUUCAAUCUAGGAUUCAACGAUUCACUCUAUGAUUCAGUGAUUCAAUCAAUGAUUCAAUGAUUCAAUCAAUUACUCAAUCUAGGAUUCAAUUAUUCAAUCUUAGGAUUCAAUGAUUCAAUUUUAGGAUUCAAUGAUUCAAUAUAGUAUUCAAUAAUUCAAUCUUAGGACUCAGCGAUUCAAUUUAUAUUCGCAAAAACGUUUUUAAAGUCAUGUUUCUCGAGUAAAUGAACCAUUUAGGCUCCAACUCUUGAAUAGAUUACGUGCUUUCAUGUGUGCAGGCCUUUUGUAGAGCUCUUAUGUACUUAUCCAACUCAACAGCAAGCUUUUCUUAAUUCUACAUCAGCUGAGCAAAUUCGAUGCUUGUGUCAUUGUAUAGAAAAUUUCACAUACUCGAAAGAAACGAAGGACAAACUCAGACCUUUCAAACAAGAUCUACUGUAGCUGAUUUAGCGGACAGAAAUAGAAGUUUUAAAACGAAAAAGGAAAUUAUUGUUCAGCAGGGAAGUGGCUUUCGGGGAUUGGUACUUGGAACACUUUUAGAAGGCCUUGCAGAAUUAGUAUAAAAUAAUAAGCAUGGAGGCCAUCUCCUCAUUCCAAUCAUGGAUAGCGACAAACUAUCAUCUCCUAAACAGUGGAGACUUGAAGACAUUCUUAAAUAUCUUGACGUUGAUGAUGAACACGACGCUGAAGAAAUCCUUCAUUCUAUUUUAACCUCUACGGCGAUUUUGACUUGGAGUGGAAAAGGAGAAAUCGUCUACAGAGGACAUAAUAGACGAGGAUCUUAUGAAAUAUUCUGUGACGUCUUAUCAUCCAGAUAUUCCCGAAGCAACUGGAUCGAGCACUUUUAUAAAAGGUCUUGCAGAACUGGAAAUUGAUAAAAAGCCAAAUCGUAAAUGGACAUGUCCUUUCUGUGCUAGCCCACAAGUGGUCCCAUCAGGAUACACAAUCUGAUGCUGAUGCAAUUCCUAACACUUGUAACAAAGAUAUACACGUCUCCCAUUUGAGUACGUGCCUCGUAUGCACAUGGACAGAGUUUUAUCCAAAUUGUAAAAGCUGUCGCUGUAUGAUCCGUGAUUCUCAAGUGUCCAAAGGAGAUUCCACGCAUGUAAUGGCCAGCUGUCCACAUUGUCGCCGAGGUGAAAUUAUAGAUAUCAGAACGGAUGAAAGGCAGGCUUUUAACCAUAAAAUAGGCGGCGAAAGUGAUAUUUGAUCAGUAGACUGCGUGAAGUUGAACUGAACACAUCAACAUGCCGAGAGGUACAGUUGUUGUAGACGAGAAACUACUGAGAGACCAUUUCAUGAAACAACAACGUGGUGGGUAUAUCACUGGGUAUCGUGGGGCACGUUUUCAAAGAGGUUAUGGGAUCGGAGGUAUUUUCAAGAGCCUUGCGAGAUAUGCUAUUAAGCCCUACUACAACAAGCAGGGCGCAAGAGAAGACAAGACUGACGCAGUAAUUGAUCAACUAGAAAGAGGUUAAAGCUCUGUUCUCAUAUGGCAGUCCCAAGACAUAUCAAAUGGAUUACGGAAGAUGAAAGCAACCACGACGAUUAAUAUGAUAGCGAAACUUGUCAAGCAAAUGACGAUAUAUAUAUAUUAGAAGCAAGCAAAGAAAUCAUGGAAGCGCCACAAUUUUCUGUGGUGGAAAAAAGCAAAUUAUCUUCUGAUCAGCUAAAUCGGUUUCUCGCAUUAAAAAGUAAGAUAGAUGUCCCGGCUCAAGCUCCUGUUCAGACAACUUCACAAGUGCCUGCAGAUAUACCACCACCCAAUUAAUCUGUUAAGAUAUCACCACCAGUGCCUGCUACUCCUAAACCUAAUUUCCUUACGCCACCACCAACAGAAGAGGAAUGACCAAAACUCAAGCGCAAUUUUUUUCACAAUUGGGUAGACUCUACAGAUUGAAAGCCCCAAGAUUUAGCAAUGAUGACUCCUGAACAAAGAGAAGGUUACGAACAAAGAUUACUUCGCGAGAGAUCGAAAUAUAUUCCAAUGAAGUAUGAAGAUGUUGCAAGAUUAUGCCCAAAAGAUAGACAAGAACUUGAGAACUCUUUAAAAAUAAGAAAACCACUUAGGAUCUUAGGACUCAAUCUUAGGAUUCAAUCUUAGUUGAAAGGUUAUGCCGAUGACAAUCGACCGCAUAACCAAUUAACCAUUCAAUAAAUUCGGCAUAAAAACUCAACUUAGAUGUUUAUGCCGUUGAAUAUGUUCUGUAUAAAACGUUGAUUCUGUUGAAUGGUUAUGCUGAAGACAGGCAACAGCAUAACCAUUCAAUUUAUGUUCGGCAUAAACACUUUCAACUUAGAUGAUUAUGCCAUUCAACCAUUCACCAUUGGAUUGUUAUACCGUUGACUGUCCUCGGCAUAACCAUCAUCAUCACUAUCAUCAUCAUCAUCAUAAAACCUUUUCAAGAAAUAAAUGUAUUUUAAAACUGAAAUCUUGUGUAAAUUUUACCUGCAAAGCCUAGCGCCAGAUUUUAAGGCAUAUACCUGCGUUAUAAAUAAUCCUUAUCUAUCUAUUGGGAUACACUUAGUUAUGCAAAUUUUUUGUUCGCCUAAUCCCUUAAUUACGCACUCGCAAUGUGAGGUUUUCAUAGUAAGCCAACAUUAAUCCCUCUAUUCUAUCACGCACGUGCGGGGACGCUAAAAAUGCCUAGUCAGCAAGUUUCACACGACCUCGUCCAAAACACCGACACGAUGUCAUUACCCCUCACACUCACCUCAUCCUCUCUUACUUCUCCUCACUCCAUUUCACUCCACCACACUCCACCACAUUCCUCCUCACUCCACCACACUCCACCAGAUUCCACCACACCACACCACACCACACUCGAGCACACUCCACCACACUCCACCAUAAAAAUAUCCCCGAUCGGCCAUUAUAUUACAACUAUUACAUCAGGUUCUUCAUAAUAAGAUGUAUUUUAAAUUUGAAGACGUUUUAAGAUGUGAUGAUGGGUUUGUACAGACUGCAUAAAAAAACUGAACAGAUUUGAAAUUGCUUUCAAUUUUGCAAACAGCUCGUGAUAUCAUGUUUUUGUUAUGCUUAGUUUCCUUGAGUGUCCAUAAUGUAGAAUAAUGAAAAAAAUAGUCGAUAUCAAAUUGUAUAAAGCAGGGGGGGGGGCCUGAUGUAAACGAAAAUUAAAAACUUUAAUCGUAUAUUGAGUUAAUAGAUGACAAAUUUGUUAGGUUUUUAAUUACUGUACAAAAUUCCAAACAAUUUGCUUUUAGUACAAGCCCUUUAACAAUUCAUUUUUUCCCUUAAAAAUCAGCCUUUCGCAUGCUUAAUUAAUUUAAUGCCUUUAGCUAUAAAUUGCAUAUCCCUGACAUAAUCAUGCAAAUUAGGUAAAUGCAUUGUGCAUGCAGAAGGCUGAUUUUUUAGACGGCGUGUGCGUUAAACUGAAGCAAAUGGGCAUAAUCUUGCGCAGCAAUUAAAACCCAACACAUUUUUCACCCAUUAACAAAAAUGCGAUUAAUGCUUUUAAAUCUCUUGCGCAAGCUGUUUUUAAUUUGAAUUUUUUCUGUGUUGGUGUUGUGUACUCAGGUGGAUAAUAUGUUUACGAUGUUACUCCGAGUGCAUAUCCACACCGGGCGAGCUUGAAAAAUAUGCCCGGUCGCGGUGGGAUUCGAACCUACGACCUUUGGAAUACUAGCCCAAUGCUCUUCCAACUGAGCUACGCGGUCAGGACGGUUCGA